AUGGACAAAGUGGAGCGAGUGAUGAAGAUGGUGAAGAGGAUGUCGCCGAGGAAGAAGAGGAGGGAAGGGGGAGGAGGAAGAGCGGGGGGGCCAGGAGAUCUGGAGAGCCCGGACACCUUGUGUGACGAACUCUGCCGUUUCAGCCUCUGCAUCAGUGAUGACGGGCCAUAUGGAAAAACAAAGGACAUCUCUGGACCAGAACAGACCAUGGCCUCAAGAAGACACAGUAUACCAGAAGCUCUGCGGGGGGUGACCAUGGUGGAGCUGGUGAAGAAAGAAGGCAGCACACUGGGCCUCACCAUCUCAGGAGGAACCGACAAGGAUGGGAAACCGCGGGUAUCGAACCUACGGCCUGGAGGACUGGCAGCCAGGAGCGACCAGCUAAAUGUUGGCGACUACAUCAAGUCGGUGAACGGCAUCAAUCUGACCAAACUGCGGCACGAAGAGAUAAUCAGCUUGCUGAAGAACGUGGGAGAGAGAGUUCUGCUGGAGGUGGAGUAUGAGCUUCCACCUACAGCACCAGACAGCACCUCAGGGGUUAUAUCAAAGACAAUCGACAUCUGUUUGCACAAAGAGGGGAACAGCUUUGGUUUCGUCAUGAGAGGUGGUACCCAUGAGGACUGGCACAAGUCUCGCCCCCUAGUGGUCACCUACGUCAGGCCAGGAGGUCCUGCAGACAGAGAGGGCACGCUGCGUCCCGGUGAUCGUCUCCUCAGUGUGGAUGGCGUACCGCUGCACAACGCCAACCACAGUGACGCCCUCAGCGUGCUGGCUCAGUGCGGCCAGGAAGCCCUGUUCCAGAUAGAGUAUGACGUCACUAUCAUGGACACAGUAACGAACGCCUCCGGUCCACUAUUAGUGGAAAUUGCCAAAUCACCGGGAGCAACGCUGGGAAUCACGCUGACAUCAGCCAAUCAUCGAAACAAGCAGGUCAUCGUCAUCGACCGGGUGAAACCAGGCAGCGUGGUGGACAGAUGUGGAGCUUUGCAUGCUGGAGAUCACCUGCUGUCCAUCGACGGCACAUCGACAGAACACUGUACAGUCCUGGAGGCAACGCAGCUAUUAGCGAGCACAACAGAACUGGUGAAAUUAGAAAUGCUCCCCUCCCAUCAAACAAGGCUAACUGGGAAGCAGCAUGACACAGUGAAGGUUCAGAAGUCGGACCACCCCCACUCCUGGGACCCCUGUGUGAACUACUGUCACCCUCCAAACUCCACCCUCUGCAACACAAGCUCCACCCUCAACAAGUCGUGGACCGCCUCAAAUAACAACACCAUCAACAGCCUCGACUACUGCAAGUCUCUGGUAUCUGCCAGUUUCUCUCCCGGCUCUACGACGACAUCGGGCCCCAGUAGCCAGAGCUCCAGCACCCUGCCGAGGCCUACAGUUCCCAUGAGUCCACGUAACUCGCUGCUCAAACGACGGCAGAGGAAGAAAGAGCACAAAAGCUCCUUGUCCCUUGCGUCCAGUUCGGUGGGUCCGGGAGGUCAGGUGGUUCAUGUGGAGACCAGCGAGGUGGUCCUAACAGGCGACCCGCUCAACGGCUUCGGCGUGCAGCUGCAGGGAGGAAUAUUCGCCACUGAAACGCUGUCCGCACCCCCGCUUAUCCGAUUCAUAGAGCCAGACAGCUCUGCAGAGAGGUGCGGCCUGCUGCAGGUUGGAGACCGCCUCCUGUCAAUCAACGGAAUCCCCACAGAAGACGGAACACUCGAGGAGGCCAAUCAGCUGCUCCGAGAUGCUGCGCUGACCAACAAGGUCACACUGGAGAUAGAAUUCGAUGUGGCAGAGUCGGUGGUGCCCAGCAGCGGGACUUUCCACGUCAAACUGCCCAAGAAGAGAGGAGUGGAGCUGGGGCUCACCAUCAGCGCCAGUAAGAAGCCAGGAGAGCCCCUCAUCAUUUCUGACAUCAAGAAGGGCAGCAUGGCCCACAGAACGGGGACGCUGGAGCCCGGUGAUAAGCUGUUGGCCAUCGACAACAUCAGACUGGAGAACUGUUCCAGGGAUGAUGCAGAGCAGAUCCUGCAGCAGUGCGAGGAACUGGUCAAACUAAAGAUCCGCAAGGAUGAAGACAACUCAGAUGAGCAGGAGACGUCAGGCAGCAUCAUCUACACAGUGGAGCUGAAGCGGUACGGAGGCCCUCUGGGUAUCACCAUCUCAGGCACUGAGGAGCCUUUUGACCCCAUCACUAUAUCGGGCCUAACCAAGAGAGGCCUGGCCGAGAGGACAGGGGCUAUUCACGUGGGUGAUCGGAUCCUGGCUAUCAACAGCGUCAGUUUAAAAGGCAAACCCCUGAGUGAAGCCAUCCACCUGCUGCAGAUGGCUGGAGAGACGGUCACCCUCAAGAUAAAGAAGCAGCUCGACACGUUUUCUGUCCAAGAUUUAGAAGAGAGGAAGGCGGCAGAGGCAGAGGACACGACAGAGAAUGAACUCAGUGACCCCGAGGAGGACGAUUUGACCGACAGCCAACAGACAAAUAAGCUGUCGGAGCUUUACUCCACGACCAUACCCAGCGUCGACUCUGCCAUGGAGUCGUGGGAUGGCUCAGGGAUGGACGCCGGCUAUGGCAGCCAGGGUACAUACAGCCACCAGGCAGCUGGAAUCGCCCUCCACCCCCAUGAAUGGCGUAGUGCCAAGCAGCAGCGCAGCACCACGCCUCCUCCUGGACGCCGGAAGAACUACCCGUUCAGCGACGGAGGCUUCAGCGAGGAUGACUGGGACAAACCACCCGGAUUUAUUGGCCAACAACCAGACGGUAUUCUGCUGGAUCCAGAUGACAGUUUCUGGUGUCAGGCGCUUGAAGAUCUGGAGACCUGCGGCCAAUCAGAACUGCUCAGAGAGAUAGAGGCAUCCAUCAUGACAGGAACAGCCAUCAGUCUGGGUGUAGACGGCGUCAACAAGCCUCCAGCUGAACCCAUGCUGAGUCACAGCAGGAUGAGCCCAUUGCGGAGAAAUUCUCUCCUGCACCAGGGAAACCUGCUCCACCAGGCUGCACAUCUCCACCAGGGCGCCCAUCUGCACGAGGAGGCCCACCUGCAUGAAGAGGCCCAACUCCACCAAGAUGCCAUCCUGCACCAGGAGGCCCAUUUCAACCAUGAGGCCCACCUGCACCAAGGAGCCCAUAUCCACCAAGAUAACCAAUCCUCUCUCCUGCACCACGAGCCCAAGGCCAAGGCCUCAUUGAGAGUGUCAGAGAGGACGUGGGAGUCUCGUCGAAUCAAAGAGGAGAUGCAGGGGAUUCUGUCCCCAACGCCUUUGGAGCUGCACAAAGUAACAGUGAUAAAGGACCCAGAGAUCGACGACUUUGGCUUCAGCGUGUCAGACGGCUUCUUGGAGAAAGGAGUUUACGUCAACAUGAUCAGACCCGACGGGCCAGCUGACCGAGCCGGGCUCAAACCCUACGACAGGAUCCUGCAGGUGAACCACGUGAGGACGAGGGACUUUGACUGCUGCCUGGCGGUGCCUCUGAUCACAGAGGCCGGAGACAGACUGGAGUUGGUCAUCAGCCGCAACCCACUGGCAAACGAUGACACAGAGGACAAUAACAACACUUUGGACCAUCCACUAGACCUGUAA